AUGGCGCCAGUUAUUCUCACCACAGAGCAUCUGUAUAUGGUUCUCACUAGCUUCGGAGUCCAUCUCACCUACUUUUAUCUCAUCAAGGCCUUUGUGCCUUUUAUCGGAAAGAACCGCAAGCGUCUCUCUUGGGUCCUGACCCUGAUGACCGCAGCAGUUGUGUCUGUGCUAGGGCCGUACGCGACUUUCAGCAGCUUACGGACAGUCUUUUCUGAGCCAGUUCCAUACGAGAGUUACAGCCUUGUCAGUGGUCACUAUAACACUACUAGCAGUGGGCAAUUCUAUCGACACGAUAUCACAUUCCAGCCCACACCAGAUCCCAAAUUGAAUCCGCAGGGUACCAUCGUGGUUGCUUUGGAUCCUACUCUCUCAACGAAGCAGUGGCCAUUGCACGACCAAAAAAAAGCGGAACAAUUGCCCAUGGAUGCUGAGAAGAUCAUCGCACUUUACAAGGCACACGACGCUUCUUACUCGACAUCAUGGACGGCCCUCCGUCACUCAAGGUGGUUUUUCGAUCUGUGCUUUACACCAUCGGACAGUUGGAUGUCACAAGUGGCCGUCACCUUCUUUGCCUGUUACCUGAUCUUGGAUAUGGUAUGUGGUCUGCUUCAUUACCGCGAGAGGGUCACCUUCUUGGCUGGAUGGUUCCAUCAUACCGUGUACACGGGCAUUUGCUACUACACUGUCGUUUCCGGCAAGUCCCACAUCUUUGCCUCGUUUAUGAUCCUUGAAAUUCCUACACUCAUCAUGGGCCUGGGCUUCAUUUACAAAUCUUUGAGGAACGACAUCCUCUUUGGAGGGACCUUUGUACUCUUCAGGGUUCUAUGGGAUUUUGCACUCACACACGAGCUGGUCAUGAACCGAGCUGAUAUGCAUACAGCGGACAAGGCUUUCCUUAUCUUCAAGUCGGUCAUGAACUUCAAGUUCUUUAUUGACUGGGUCAACCAGCAAAUCCGGCUCCGGAGAAGGAAACCGGCCAAGGCUGUCGAUGCGAUAUUGGCCUCUGAAGACAAGGCUGUGGAAUGCAAGUCGGAAUCAAGUCUCUUAACCAAGUCAGCGUCGUCUGGCAUUAGCAGCAGCAGCAGCAUCACAACGAUCGUGUAUCAGCAGCAGAAGAAGAGCCAGCAACAGUCAAUAUCAUCCAGAGCGCAGCAGAUGCAGAACUACUUUCGAGCAGCGAACGACAGCCAGGGCGAGCCAGUAACGACACCCACAGGAAGCACAAGAGUCCGAGAAGCGAGAACACGAACCGCCAGCUUGAUAGAGGAGCAAUCCCGCGCGGAUCAUAUUACAGCGCAUUAA